CGGCGAGUGACCCCUCUCCUCGCACCUGAUCUUCCGUGCUCGAGCCCUGGGCGUCCUCGGGUUCCGAGCCGGGACCCACCCAGCACCUGAAAAAAUCCCUCCCCUCCUGGGGGCUCCACCGAGCGUCAGUCCCGCGCAGGCUCCGGAGCGCAGGGCUCUGCCCCGAAUGCCCCUCCCCACCUCCCCGGUCCGCCCCCCGGAGCCGUCCCGAACCCGCGGGGCCGCGGGACCAGAGCACGGCCGGCUCAGCAUGACGGCAGUCGCCCAGCAGGCUCAGAGGCUGCUGGCCCGCAGGAGGCCCCGAAGGCCCUUCUUCGAGUGCUUCGUCCGGACCUUGAUCAUCGUGUGUGCUGCCUUGGCUGUGGUCCUGUCCUCUGUCGCCAUCGGUGACGGCCACUGGCUCCGGACCGAGGACCGCCUCUUUGGGCUGUGGCACUUCUGCACCAGUGCCAACCAGAGUGGGCUACAGUGCCUCCGAGACCUGAGCCGGGCCCGUGUGCCCGGGCUGGCUGUGGGCAUGAGCCUGGCCCGCAGCACGGGUGCCUUGGCCGUGGUGGUGGCUAUCUUCGGCCUGGAACUCCUCAUGGUGUCCCAGGUGUGCGAGGACCUCCGCUCACGGCGCAAGUGGGCCCUGGGCUCCGUGCUCCUGCUCUCCGCUUUCCUCCUCUCCUCAGCGGCCCUCCUGACCUUUGUGAUCCUCCUCAGGAACCAGGCCACACUCCUUGGCUUCACCCUGACCUUCUGGUGCGAGUUCACGGCCUCCUUCCUCUUCUUCCUGAGCGCCCUCAGCGGCCUUCACGUCAAUAACAUCACACAUCCCUGGGACCGCCAAGGACCCUUCAGGGUCCCCUCUGGGGACCUCGGGUUCUAUAAGAAAGCGUGGUCCAAACUGGAACUUUCCUGAGUUGGACCUCUGGUGGGAUGAAGCAAGGGGACACUCACCUUGACACGCUUGCCUCUUGGCCUCUCAGCUUUGGGUUCUUGGCCUGAAAUGGGCCCAAGCCUUUGCAGCUGGUCUGCGGGGCAGCGGCCAGGCCGGGGCUCAAUGCCACCACAUGCACAGGCUUAGCCAGCGUAUCGGGAUGCUGAUUUUAGAAGACAAAAAACAUCUAAAAAUUCUUCCUGAGUCCUUCCCAGCCCUAGAGUCGAUUUGGAGGCGGGGAGGGUAAGGGUGCCGAGGCCGGCUGCACAGCCGGCGUAUGGACAGUGCUGGUCUGUGGGGCAGGGGCAUGCCUAGGGCCGCGGGGCCAACGGGAUCACUCUUAGGGUUUAAAGUCUCACCACUGCCUGGGACGUUCUCCCACCAGCACACAGGCUUUGUGGACAUUUCCCUUGGCUCCAACGUGGUCCAUUCCAGGGAGGCAGAUCUCAGGGUCCUCUCUGAAUUAGACCAGACUCGGCCCCUGCCCUGUGGAGGGCCCCACAAUCCCUGGGUGACCCUGGCUUCAAGUAGCUGCUCCUAUGGGAACUGGGUUGGGGUGAAUCCUGCCUGAAGGUGGUUUCCCUUUCCCCUGGAAGAAUUCUUGAGCAAGGCUCCCCAGGAGAGUGCGCCUGGCUUCUAAUACACAGUCCUCCCACCG